AUGGCCAAGGCUAAGACUGCUAUAGUCAUCGUCAUCCUAGCUCUGCUUCAGGUCUCAUGGGCCACAGCCCGGAAGCACGGUGGCGGCAGCGGCGGCACCCCUGCUGUGAUGACGGUGAACGGGUUCGAGGAGGGCGAGGAAGGCGGCGGCGCGGCGGCGUGUGAUGGCCACUUCCACAGCGACGACGACCUCAUCGUGGCGCUCUCCUCGCAGUGGUACGCGGGCGGGAAGAGGUGCCACAAGAACAUCCGCAUCACGAGCGUGGACACCGGGCGCACCGUGGCGGCACAGGUCGUGGACGAGUGCGACACCCAUGGAGGAUGCAAGAACAACGUCGUGGAUUCCUCCCGCGCCGUCUGGAAGAAGCUCGGCCUCGAUACUAACGUCGGCGUGGUCCACAUCACCUGGUCCGACGCCUGA